AUGCCUGGCUUGGAGAUCCCAGGUGAAUUCCUGCGUCAUGCCGUUCUUGAUACAAUUGUACCUCAUGCGCCAGCUCAUGAUAUUGAGGGCGCUUUAAGUUUGGCCCUGGAGGACGGAGCUGAUGAUCUCCCAUCCGUUCUCUCAUCAAUUCCUCAACGGUCUUUGUUAUUCUUUGAUGAAUUUCUCCCCGUUCGCAUAAUCCUAAGACUCUCUGAUUGCUCCGAAACCAUACUGAAACAUUACCUACCGCGACUCGAAGUCAAGCUGGAUGUUUUUGCUGUAGAUCCAGCAGAAUCGGUUGGUGAAAACCCUACACCAACUCGAGAUGUUAUAUUCUCGGGUAUAGUCAGUGGGGACGAGGAUCCUCUAGUUGUGUUCAAUGAAUUUGAAGGCGAGGAAGGAAGUGGGAACCACGUCUAUCUAGUCUGGAAUAUUGAGACCGCACUGAAACGACCUCGCAUCCGAAUUCAACACCCGUCCCUCCUAUUCAUUGCAUCUGCCAGCCUAAACCCGUCUGACGGGUGCCGUUCAGAAGAUUCAGAGGACGAUUAUCUCCCCUCACUUGUCCCCGCCUCAACGAACAUGCUACAGCCUUUAUCCGGCGAUAAAACGUUCAAUCACAAAGAGCCCUUCUUACCUGCUUCCAGGCUUUUGAGGGUGGUGCCAACAACCUAUAACGAGGACCCCAUCUACAACAUUCAGCAGCAACAUGGCCAUCCCUUUCGUGUUGUGCCCGCUGCAAGUGCGAGGAUUCGAUACUCUCGCUUGAAUUCCUACACUGGCAUCCCAUUGACAGCCGCCAGCCUUGACUUCGAAGUCACUCCUUAUCUGACUUGUGAGGUAUCCUUUGACAAGGCGGAUCUCCAGCUGUCCGAGGGAACGAUUGAGUCAAUGUCAGAUAUACCAGGUCUUACUCUCCCUAUUGUCUGUCGUCCACGAGACGACGUCACCCUAAUGUACAAACUCACGCCGGAAUAUGGCCCAGAGACCAACCCGUCAUCUACAGCCCUAACCAGUAUAUUGGGCAUAUCUCUUGAGGCAACAAUUCUUGUUGAUAAUGAUUGCAAACCGCGCAUUUCUAUGCAGUGGAAAACAAAUGUCGAUUUCUCAGUUGCACUGAAUCCUACGUUUGGGGGCCCCAGUCCGGCGCUGCAAAGGACGAAUCGUCCUACCAGUCUAUCAGUGUCAACCCAAGCGGGCGCAGCCCCGUCCAACAGAAGCUCAUUGCGAGAACGAGCAUACUCCGUUACUGACGUGGGUGUUACCAUAUCCUUCUCCGGGCCCGUUCGAGUGCAGGUUGGCUCCGUUUUCUCCUGGAGCGUUUUUAUUGUCAAUCGAUCCAAUGUACCUCGCAAAUUUGCGUUAAUUGCUAUUCCACGGCGGAAACGUAUCGACCCACGAGGACAUGUUGCACGGCCUUCUUCGUCAUCUAUCACCAGCCGGAAAGAGGACCAAGUCGCUGAAGCGGUGACUGAUGACAACAUCGUGCAUGCUAGGCAAAAGAGUGUGGCUGGACAGGAAGUUGAGUUGAUCAGCUUGAGUACGGAUAUCCGUGUAGGCCCUCUUCUACCAGGGACCUGCCACUCGACAGAAAUCAAACUCCUCCCCUUAGCCACAGGUCCACUUCACCUAGACGCAGUCCGGCUUGUAGAUGUGAACACGAACGAAACGACUGAUAUUCGAGAUCUUCCCGACAUUCUCGCGGAUGAUCAGCCACGCUCUUGA